AUGAGGGUUGGUGAUUUUUUCAUCCCUCAUGGAGGUAGAACCACCGCCCCGAAUCUAAUCCUGAAUCAGGAUCCUCUUUUGAUGACCCCGACCCCGACCCCGACUAUGACGACGACGACCUCGACUCCAACUUUGACUCCGACAACGACCUCAACCCCCACUCCGAUGAUGACUUUGACCCCGACCCCGACCCCGAAUUUGUCUUUGAUUCAGACCCCAAUCUCGACUUCGACUCCGACUUCGACCCCGACUCAGGCUCAGAUCCCGAUCCGAAUUCCUACUAAACCUGUAUCCUAUACAUCUUCCGCUGCACAGAUUAUGACUUGUCGACUAACGACCCCAACACAUGGACCAGAUUGCGAAUAUUGUGGUGAUCCGAGACACACUCGUGAGACUUGUUUUAAAUUGCAUGGCUAUCCUGAUUGGUGGGCUACUCUUAAAGAUCGAGGACAACGCAAUACGACCAAUAAUGGUACUGGUUAUGGAUUCCAUACUUCCGCUAAGAUUGAUUCCAGGAGUUGGAUAAUUGAUUCCGGUGCAACUGAUCAUAUGACGUUUGAUCCUGAUGAUUUUCUGAAUACUACACAACCUCGACGAACCUGUAUUGCAAAUGCCAAUGGUGUUACUUAUCCUGUGACAGGGGCUGGCACUGAUAUUCACACUAAGGAGAUUCUUGGCCGUGGUACUAAGAGAGGGGGGCUAUAUUAUGUCGAUGACUUCAGUCCUGGCAUGGCUAACAGUGUGACGCAUCCCUUUGAUAGCAAACAAAAGCAAAUCUGGUUGUGGCACCGUCGAUUGGGACAUCCCUCUUUUAGUUAUAUGAAGUAUCUUAUACCAGAUUUAUUCUCAGGUUUCAAGGACUCCGACUUCACAUGUGAUACUUGUAUUUUGGCCAAGAGUCACUGUGUGCCCUACCCGUUGAGCACGAACAAGUGUACUACUCCAUUUACGUUAAUUCACUAUGAUGUUUGGGGACCUUCACCUGUCACUUCUCCUUCUGGUGUUCGAUGGUUUGUCACGUUCGUAGAUGAUUGUACACGGAUGACAUGGCUUUAUUUGAUGAAGAAUAAAAACAAAGUUUUUUCCGGUUUUCAGUCCUUCCACAAACAGAUGAAAACUCAGUUUAAUGCUCAAAUCCAGAUUCUUCGCUCCGACAAUGGUGGAGAAUUUGUCAAUCAUGACUUUCAGACUUACUUCCAACAACAUGGAAUUACCCAUGAGACGACUUGUCCUCAGACACCACAACAAAAUGGUGUUGCUGAACGAAAGAAUCGACAUCUUCUUGAAACCGCUCGAGCACUUCUGAUUGGCGCUCAUGUUCCUCGCCAUCACUAG